UAACCAACAAGGAGACACGGGCACGUAAUAAACUGUCCCUCCUGGUAAAUGUGACCUCUGUCCGGAAGUGAGAUGUGAAGUCUGACCAAUAGAUGGUUCUGCUCCGGUCUUGGAGUUAAUGUUUUCUGGGGCCUACUUCUCCUGCCAUCGCUGACAGGCGGUACUUCGGUCGCUCCCAAACAUGGCCUCCAUGACGGAACGACCGCUUCAACUUUAAUUUUUCGUGUAUUUUUCAGCUUAAAACCGUGUCUUUCCCUCCAACGACUCCGGGAAUGAUUGUAAGGAACAUCUCAUCAUGCCAGAGUGGUGAAGCAGAUGUGAUCUGGCGGAGAAGUUCGCUGUUGGGUUUAAACUGAUCGGUUUAAAUUGGCUGUAAAGCUGGAGAGGAAAAAAAGAAUUGCAUCAAAUCCAAUGCCAUCUGAGGCUCAGUCUCAGGAGCCUCGGGACAGCGGACCGACCCCUCCUGUCACUCGGGCCGGACGCAGCGCCCAGCUGGCCAAAGCUGCCGCUACAAGCCCCGCCCCCGAGAGGCGCUCUCGUGGGCGACCUCGGAAAGAUGGGAGCGGCGGGCGCUCUGUGCCCCCUACUCCUCCCCCUCCACCUUCACCCCCCCCUCCUCCUCCCGCCAAAUCAAGGAAGAAGGGGCGGAGUCGAGGCCAAGCCCAGGUAGUGGAUGAAGAGAGCAUGGACUCUAAGGAGAAGAAGACCCCCCACAAGACCGAGGUGAACGAGAAGACAACAGGACGACAUCAGUCCACCAACAGGAGAAAAUCCAACAAGAACCCCGAACCCAGUCCGGAAAUUGAUCCUUACUCCCCUUCUCCUGAGCCCACUGCCCCAGAGGCCAGGCCAGACCUAGCUCCUAAUGUUCAGAAGGACAGAACCAGUCCACAUCCAGCUCCCAGUGCUGAUGAGGACAGAACCAGUCCAGAUCCAGCUCCCAGUGCUGAGGAGGACAGAACCAGUCCACAUCCAGCUCCCAGUGCUGAUGAGGACAGAACCAGUCCACAUCCAGCUCCCAGUGCUGAUGAGGACAGAACCAGUCCAGAUCCAGCUCCCAGUGCUCAAGAGGAGAGGACUAGUCCAGAUCCAGCUCCCAGUGCUGAGGAGGACAGAACCAGUCCAGAUCCAGCUCCCAGUGCUGAGGAGGACAGAACCAGUCCAGAUCCAGCUCCCAGUGCUCAAGAGGAGAGGACUAGUCCUCCCCCGGUUCAUGGCCUGGUUGAUAGACCCAGCUCCAUUGCUGCUUCUGAACCUCCUGAGAAGGACCAUCUGAGCCCGCACCACAACCCUGGACCAAUUGGGAUGGUUGCCAUGGACACAGACAGGGAAGAUCACACCAACCUGAGUCCGUCCUCCAGUCCUCCGGUCUCACCAUGUCCUCAUCUGGAGGACGAGGACUCGCUGUCCCCCCUCUUUCAGCUGUCAGAAGACUCUGGGAGCUCGCCAACCCUGAGCCUGGGACACACCAAAAAACGACUGAAGCAGUGUGCCUUCUGUUACCGUGGCGACGACCCUCCUCUGGGUCAGGGCCGCCUUGUGGUGUUCGGCCCGACGCCCGGCUACAUCCCGCUUCACAUCCUCAACCGCCGCGCCUCCUCCGACCGAGACAAUGACUGCCACGACCAUUGCUACCGCGGCGAUCAGGCCCCGCCCAUGUGCAGCAGCAGUAGUCCAGCGCAGUGUGAGGGGGAUUCUUCCUUAGAGCUUGUGGAGCAGCUCGGACCUGUCGGCCUUCCACAUGACAUCAACGUCCAAUCACUGUUUGACCCCACAGGUCAGUGCUGUGCUCACCUGCAGUGUGCAGCCUGGUCAGAGGGGGUGUGCCGUGGCGAGGGCCAAUCGCUGCUCUACGUGGACAAAGCCAUCGACUCUGGAAGCACGCAGGCAUGUGCGUUCUGCCAUCGGCUCGGAGCAUCGCUUCAUUGCAAGGAGGCAAGCUGUGGGCGGAGCUUCCACUUCCCCUGUGCUGCUGCUGCUGGAGUUCAUCACGACUGGAGCCGCAGACACACACUGUGCACACGACACACACAGCCAGUAUCCUCACAGUGCACGUUGUGUUCAAGUGGCGGUGACAUCAGCACUAUGUUGAUGUGUUGUUGCUGUGGGAACUGUUACCAUGGCAGCUGCCUGGACCCACCUCUGGCUCCCUCCCCCCUGUGCCGGGUCGGCUGGCAGUGUCCUCAGUGUAGGGUGUGUCAGAGCUGCAGGGUGCGAGGUGAUGACGGUGCGCUGAUGGUGUGUGAGCGCUGUGAUAAAUCCUACCACACACACUGUCUCACUCCUCCUCCGGAUUACACACAGAGCCCCGGGUGGAGAUGCAAGAACUGCAGAAUCUGCCGCCGCUGUGGUGUGAGGUCAUCGGGUCUGUGGGCCAAUCACCCGUUUCUGUGCGAGUCAUGUGACCUGGCCCUGCCCUGCACGCUUUGCGACCACACCCCCGACCUCUACAGACCACAGGACUAUCUGACCUGUUCCGGCUGCUAUAGGUGUGUCCAUACGGAGUGUCUUGUCCAGGCUGGGGAGAGCAGGGUGCGGUCUGAAAACUACAUCUGCUCCGCCUGCAGGCCUCAAGAGGCACCAAUGCCAUACACUCCUACACUGGCCCCACCCAUCAAUAUUUUGGAAGCAUCCUCCAAUAAGCCUACCCAGCCUCCAAAUCACACAGAGGCUCCACCCAUCAGAGUUACCGCUGAAGACCCUGUUCAACUUAUGAGCUCAGAGCCAGCAAGGAGUUCUACACCCAUUCUUGGUACACAAUCACAGCUUAGUCCUACACCCUCCACCACUGAAACCACAGAGCUCAAAUAUAGUCCUGCACGAUCCAAUGAAGAACCCGCAGAGCCCCAACAGAGUUAUACACCAUCCCACCAAGAACCUACAGAGCUCCAACAUUGUCACGCACCUUCCAACCAAGAACACAGAGAGCUUAAACUUAGUCCUACACCAUCUCACCAAGUACCUGCAGGCCUUCAACAUAGUUAUCCACCAUCUCACCCUGAACCUACAGAGAUCCAACAGAGUCCUGCACCAUCCCCCUCAGAACCUACAGAGAUCCAACAGACUCCUGCACCAUCCCCCUCAGAACCCACAGAGAUCCAACAGAGUCCUGCACCAUCCCCCUCAGAACCUACAGAGAUCCAACAGAGUCCUGCACCAUCCCCCUCAGAACCCACAGAGAUCCAACAGAGUCCUGCACCAUCCCCCUCAGAACCUACAGAGAUCCAACAGACUCCUGCACCAUCCCCCUCAGAACCUACAGAGAUCCAACAGACUCCUGCACCAUCCCCCUCAGAACCUACAGAGAUCCAACAGAGUCCUGUACCAUCCCUCUCAGAACCUACAGAGAUCCAACAGAGUCCUGCACCCUCCCCCUCAGAACCUACAGAGAUCCAACAGAGUCCUGCACCAUCCCCCUCAGAACCCACAGAGAUCCAACAGAGUCCUGCACCAUCCCCCUCAGAACCCACAGAGAUCCAACAGAGUCCUGCACCAUCCCCCUCAGAACCCACAGAGAUCCAACAGAGUCCUGCACCACCCCCCUCAGAACCCACAGAGAUCCAACAGAGUCCUGCACCACCCCCCUCAGAACCUACAGAGAUCCAACAGAGUCCUGCACCAUCCUGCUCAGAACCCACAGAGAUCCAACAGAGUCCUGUACCAUCCCCCUCAGAACCUACAGAGAUCCAACAGAGUCCUGCACCAUCCUGCUCAGAACCCACAGAGAUCCAACAGAGUCCUGCACCAUCCCCCUCAGAACCUACAGAGAUCCAACAGAGUCCUGCACCAUCCCCCUCAGUACCCACAGAGAUCCAACAGAGUCCUGCACCAUCCCCCUCAGUACCCACAGAGAUCCAACAGAGUCCUGCACCAUCCCCCUCAGAACCCACAGAGAUCCAACAGAGUCCUCCACCAUCCCCCUCAGAACCCACGGAGAUCCAACAGAGUCCUGCACCAUCCCCCUCAGAACCCACGGAGAUCCAACAGAGUCCUGCACCAUCCCCCUCAGAACCUAUAGAGAUCCAACAGAGUCCUGCACCACCCCCCUCAGAACCUAUAGAGAUCCAACAGAGUCCUGCACCACCCCCCUCAGAACCUAUAGAGAUCCAACAGAGUCCUGCACCAUCCUGCUCAGAACCUAUAGAGAUCCAACAGAGUCCUGCACCAUCCCCCUCAGAACCUACAGAGAUCCAACAGAGUCCUGCACCAUCCCCCUCAGAACCCACAGAGAUCCAACAGAGUCCUGCACCAUCCUGCUCAGAACCUAUAGAGAUCCAACAGAGUCCUGCACCAUCCCCCUCAGAACCUACAGAGAUCCAACAGAGUCCUGUACCAUCCCCCUCAGAACCUACAGAGAUCCAACAGAGUCCUGUACCAUCCCCCUCAGAACCUACAGAGAUCCAACAGAGUCCUGUACCAUCCCCCUCAGAACCUACAGAGAUCCAACAGAGUCCUGCACCAUCCCCCUCAGAACCUACAGAGAUCCAACAGAGUCCUGCACCAUCCCCCUCAGAACCUACAGAGAUCCAACAGAGUCCUGUACCAUCCCCCUCAGAACCUACAGAGAUCCAACAGAGUCCUGUACCAUCCAGCCCUGAACCUACAGAGAUCCAACAGAGUCCUGCACCAUCCAGCCCUGAACCUACAGAGAUCCAACAGAGUCCUGUACCCUCCCCCUCAGAACCUACAGAGAUCCAACAGAGUCCUGCACCAUCCCCCUCAGAACCUACAGAACAGACCCAGGAUUCCGUAGAGGAUCUGCAUUAUGCAGACUCUCUCCAUCCAUUGACAGUUGGUCCCGUAUCUUUUAGUCUUUCACAUUCUCCGCACAACCCUCCACGCCAGGUAGAGCUUUGUUCUAACCUUGCUCAGCAAGAGCUGGCAGAACCUGUUCGAAGUCCACAAUCACACCACAUCCUCACCACACAGCCUCAGCACAGUCACCCUAACCGUGUAAAAAUGGAAACCCCCCAGAGUCCCAUACACGAUGGUGGACUUACGAUGGACCAGGAGAGCCCUGAAUCAACCAGUCCUGCUGGCCUGCAAUGUGGUCCUGUGGUCCAUGACAUUUGUACACUGGGAAAGGACCGUUCACAGGUCUGCUCAACGUCUACUCUGCCAGUAAGAAGACACCCAUCACUGAGGCCCAUUUCAGCUCCAUGUAGCCCGUUGCCAUCCCCACUCAAAGUCACAAAGUGUAGUGUGUCACUGCCCGCCAGCCCAGUACAGGUCAACUCUACGAAGCCUUUAACGCCUUUCCAUCUCAGCCUUCUACCUGCUCAGCUUGCUACACAGUCAAUAGUCACAAAAGAAUGCACUCAAACCAGUACCACAGAGCUUAAGUCUUUGGAGCGGAGUCCAAUGCAGCUCAGUCCUAACCUUGAUUGCCUAACACUGGAAAGUAGCCCAACCUCUGACUUACCCAUAAUGCCCCUGGUUGUCCACGGUACAGAUAUUGAACUCGAAAACCAGCUUGCUUCUCUACGAAGCAACAUGCAAAGCUCGGACAAUUCUAGCCCUCAUCUUGGUUCCACCGUGCCCUCAUCAGGGAGCCUUGAUCCCAUCAUCACAGAGACUAUCCCCAUAACACAACCAGCUAGUCCUGGAACACUUGAUGCUUGCUGCUCCACUCAAACAACAGACCCCUCGGCAUCACCUGGUAGGUCCACAACACAUGUAGCUAUCCCCUCAGUAGUACCAUCCAUCCUCCCAAGUCCAGGUAAAGACAAGGAUAUGGUAGAUGUCGACCACAACAGGCCUUUCUUUCAGUCACAAACUAGUCCUGGCCCUACCAGCUCUUUACAUACUGGCCCUGCUCAUGUUUGCCUGGUCGGUGCAGAAGCCAACCGAGCAAACAGUCUAAUGGACCACAGACAUUUUCAAGAGCGAACUGAUCCCUUGCAAGUCCAAACUACUUUCAGUGCUACAAGCUCUAGUCCUUCACACUGUACGCCAACUUAUUCCAGCCUAGCUAGUAGUUCUGUGAGCCACAGUCCCCCAAGGACGAGUCCUGUUCGUCAAGCUGGUCCUGUUCACAUACAAAGCACCGGUAGUGGUGCCCACUCCUCAUUAGCUAGUCUGACGUCCAGCAGUCCAUCGCAUGCUACUGUCUCAUUUGUUGGCCCACCUCAGAGUCCAGAUCAGGCAAGCGAAACGUAUUGUAGCCCCACAAGUAGCCUCCAUCACAGCCAAGCUCCCGACCCUGAAACGAGUUCUAACCUGACUGUGGCACAUCUGAGUCCGUCUUUGACUAGUUCAAGUGUUGAUGUGGAGAUGGUGGCCAGUUCCACAAAACAAAGCUCGGUUCUUCCCAGGGUGCUUCAGUUUGAUUCUGGUCUUGAACCCACAGACAGUAUUAGGCAGACAAGCCAUACAACUGCUACUUCCCUACCUGCAGACUCAUCUGCUGUUAGUCUCAACCAGGCCGGUCUGAGCCAAGAAACCCAGUCCCCAGCUGGUCUGAGCCAAGACAAUGACACGGGAAGCCCCUUGUAUCACAGACCAGCCUCCCCCGUUGGUGAUACUUCUGCUCCUGUUAUUGCUGUUCUUUCUACACAUGAGCAAUCUGUAACCAGCCCUAGUCCUGGUCUUAUUACUCCUGAGCAGAAUAAAACCGGUCCUGGUCUUACUGGGCCUGAGCAGUCUGAAACUAGUCCUAGCCCUGAACAGCCUGAUGCUGGUCCUCUUCCCAAAGGCCUCCCAGUUUCCAGACCAGAGCACCACAAACUAGAGGAGUCUCCAGUCUCUGGAGACCUCAUGAUGGUGGAGGAACAGCUGGAGAUGCUGAGAAAAGCUCUCGAGCAGGAUAAGCCUCACCACACCACGAGGGAGAGUUUAGAGGUUGGAGGAGAACCGGACCAGGAGGAAGGUCAGCAUUGCAUCUCGGACCGUCCUCCCCCAGGAUCUGAAGAGCCUCCGUGUGCUCCUCCCAUGACUCCACACACCACAACACACUCUGCCUUACCGUCCCCUCCACGUCAGGCUUCACCCCCCCCCUCACCUCAAUCCCCUCCUCCUAGAGCUGGCUCUCUGGAGGCCCCCCCUCACACGAUUGCCUUAAUCCUCACCUGCUCCCCCCCUACGUUGCCUCCUCCAUCCCUUCCUUUAGAAGAGGAACCUACCUAUCAAAGUAAUGCUCUGACGGGGGAAAUGGGGCUUGGGGACAAACCGGUUCUGUGUCAUGUGACAUCAGCGAAUGAUGACGGCCAGUUGCAGAGUCAUUUCCAACUCGCCAAAGACACGCACCAAUCACACACUGAGCCUUUAGAGGAGGAGGAGGAGGAGCCACUACCUACAGACGUGGCUGCUUCCAAGAUGAGAGAGCAGCAGGAUGCAGAAGAAAAGGAAAAGGAUGCGACUAGUUGGGUGGAGGGGGAGGGAGGCCAGCUGGAGGACCAAUCGGAUGUGGAGCCUGUUAGCCCUGUUCUGGAACUGGAUCUAGACAAUGAGGUGAUGGCCCUAAUGGCCUCCUCAUCUCCCCCCACCCCCUUCCUGCAUCUGUCCUCCCAUAGUCCCCCUCCCUUCUCUUGUCGGGGGACGGGUCGUAACCUCAGGCCUCCUCCCUGCUCCUCCAGGCCUUCAGACGACCUCUCCAUCCGUCUUAGGCAGUCUCCCUUCUCUACCGAGGCCUCCCCUGAGACCUCUCCUGCCAGAUUACCAGUAACUCCACCUCCUCUCUCCCCCCCCUUAAUUCCUCUACGGUACCCCCCCCCAGCCAGGGACUCUUCACCCCUUUCUAAGACCCCCCCAAUCACUUUGCUCCCCCUCACACCUAAAAUUGGAAUGGGUAAACCAGCCAUAACAAAGAGGAAGUUCUCCCCCGGUAAAGCCAGGAUCAGACAGGGUUCGUGGUGGAGUAAUCGCAGGACAGUCAGCCCCCCCUCAUCAUCACAGGAUUCCAUGGGAGAAGCUGGGUGGGACAGCCUCAUGCCCCGUCCCCCGGGCCCCCCCCUCUGGAGCAUGAAAGUGGGUCGAGGGUCAGGGUUCCCAGGGAGACGAAGAUCCAGAGGAGGUUUAGGAGGAGCAGGAAGAGGAGCGAGAGGGAGAAGUCGUCUGAAGACUCAGGAGAGUCUGAGUGUGUCGCCAGGAGGUGUGUACGUGGAGCCGUUCCAGCCGAAGGAGGAAGAGGAGGAGAACUCGAUGCACAACACGGUGGUGAUGUUCUCCACCUCGGACCUGUUCACCCUCAGACAGGACAUGUGUGUGGUGUGUGGGAGCUUCGGUCGUGGUGCUGAGGGCCGCCUGUUGGCCUGUUCUCAGUGUGGACAGUGUUACCAUCCCUACUGUGUCAGCGUGAAGGUCACUCGGGUGGUGCUGACCAAAGGGUGGCGCUGCCUGGAGUGCACGGUGUGUGAGGCGUGUGGCGAGGCCAGCGACCCUGGGAGACUGUUGCUAUGCGACGACUGUGACAUCAGCUACCACACCUACUGCCUGGACCCGCCCCUUCUGACUGUCCCCAAGGGAGCCUGGAAGUGCAAGUGGUGUGUGUGGUGUGUGAAGUGCGGCUCUGCCUCCCCCGGCCUGCACUGUGAUUGGCAAGAAAACUACAGUCGCUGUGGACCGUGUGACAGUCUGAGCCGCUGCCCCCUCUGCCAGAGACAUUACACACAAGACGACCUGAUACUGCAGUGUCAGCAGUGUGACAGGUGGGUCCACGCUGUGUGUCAGGGCUUGACCACUGAAGAAGAGGUGGAGGCUGCGGCGGACGAAGGCUUGGACUGCCAGCUGUGCCGGACACACAGCACUAGUGGGCGGUCAGACAGGUUGGACUCGCCCUUCACGGCUCAGAUCAUCUCCAGGAUCAGAGAACCAGAUGUGAAGACCUACACUCAGGACGGAGUGUGUCUCACAGAGUCGGGUCUCUCUCACCUGCAGUCUCUGGUGGAACCUCUCACAUCACCGCGCAGCUACCGCAGGUGUAAACCCAAACUGAAGCUGAGGAUCAUCAACCAGAACAGUGUGUCUGUUAUGCAAACUCCAACUGACACCGACCCCCCCUGCAAGCAGGACCCCAGCAGAGGUCAGAGGUCACACACACACACACACACACACACUGGUCGCUUUGUUUCUUGUCAAAAACAGCAUCCGAUGUUUUCUCCAGGUGACUUGGAAUGUGAGAUAAAGUCUGACUCCAGCCCCGAGCGAGACCACGAUGACGUCACAAAGGAGUGUCCGGUUGCCGAUGGCAGCCAGAAGAGGAAAAGGAAACCCUACAGGCCUGGUAUCGGUGGGUUCAUGGUGCGUCAGCGUGGAGGGAAAUCUGGUCCAAGCAGAAUCAAACUGUGCAGAAAAGAUUUAGGGAGGCUGCUGGGUAACGAAGACGUUUCCAUGGAGACGCUGUUACCUGCUGAGCAGAAUAUUGAGAAGGUGAAGAAGAGGUACAGAAAGAAGAAGACUAAGCUGGAGGAGGCGUUCCCUUCCUACCUGCAGGAGGCGUUCUUUGGUCGAGUUCUUCUAGACGUGAGCCGACAAGCAGACACAAGGCGGGACUCGGGGACGCCGGGUGCCGGCAAACCAGGAGCAACGAUGGGUGAAAUAGAAAGCCCCGCCCAUGGAUUGCAUAGCCCCUCCCCCUCAGGCCUUGCACUUGGCACCGUGGGGACCCACGCCAUGAAGAAGGAGGGACCGCUGCACAUGUCGGAGGACACUCUACUGGAUCUGUCUGAUGUUCUCAACACUGAUCCUCACAUUCUGGGCUCAGGACACACAGGUCACUUCCAGGUCGAACGCUCCCUCUCUCCGUUUGCCGGUCUGGACAUUGGCUUGAUUGCUGGUGACAGGACAGGAAGUGGUGGGCGUGGCCUGAGGGCUGUUCAGGAAGAGCCUCUCGAUGCCAUCUUAAGUCCAGAGCUCGACAAGAUGGUCGCUGACGGAGCCAUCCUCAGCAAACUGUACAACAUCCCAGAGCUGGAGGGAAAGGACGUAGAGGAGGUCUUCACUGCUGUUCUCAGUCCAAACCGCAGCAUCAACCAACAUUCUGAGCAGAGCCAAUACACACAAACCUCUGUUGGGAGCAAGACAAACACGCACCACACAGCAACAACUAUGUUUCCUCGCCUGCCGCUGAUGAACGGCCUGACGGGAGCUCCUUCUCGUUUUCCUAACACUCCCGUGAUAUCCAGCGGCGCCCAGAGUCCAACGGGCUUUAGGGUACCGCCUCCAGAGAGCACAGCCCCCGGGCUGGCCUCAACCAAUCGGGUGUCAGCAAGAGGAGGCGAGCAGGACGUCAUGUCGACCGCUCAGAGGGGCAUGUUGAAGUGGGAGAAAGAGGAAACUCUGGGAGACAUGGCGACUGUCGCUCCGGUCCUCUACUGUAACACCAAGUUCCCCCAGCUGAGAGAGCAGCACCCUGACUGGUCCACCAGAGUGAAGCAGAUAGCCAAGCUGUGGAGGAAGGCCAGCUCUCAGGACAGAGCUCCCUUCGUGCAAAAAGCUCGUGAUAAUCGGGCGGCGCAGCGUAUCAGCAAGGUGCAGCUGUCAAACGAGCAACUCAAGCGCCAGCAACAUCAUCUGCAAUUGCAGCAGCAACUUCAUCCGCAGCAACAGCAGCAACUUCAGCAGCAGCAACAUCAGCAACUUCAGCAGCAGCAACAUCAGCAACUUCAGCAGCAGCAACAUCAGCAACUUCAGCAGCAACAUCAGCAGCAACUUCAGCAGCAACAUCAGCAGCAACAACAUCAGCAGCAGCAGCAGCAACUUCAGCAGCAGCAACAUCAGCAACUUCAGCAGCAACAUCAGCAGCAACAUCAGCAGCAACAUCAGCAACAUCAGCAGCAACAGCUGCCCCAUGGAGAGCAUUUACCUCCACUGCCUCUACCGCUGCUUCAAGGACCUUUUGACCCGGUUUCCUUGGAGACGGAGGUAGCGUUUAAGGACCCACUGAGGCCCAAAGAGUCGGAGCAGGAGCAGGAGUGGAAGUUCAGACAGGGGGAGGUAAAAGACAGAUGGGGAGCCGGUAAGAAGAGGCAGGAAAAUCCCCCCCAAAGCAAAGCCCUAAAAUCACCAACAGAUAAAGAUUGUCCCUACCAGGCAUCUGUAGCAGGAGGUGGCAAAGAGGCUCUGCAAAUGCGUCAGAAGAGCAAGCAGCUGGCCAAGAUGGAGGCCAGCCAGAAGCUGGAGCAGGUGAAGAACGAGCAGCUCCUCCAGCAGAGGCAGCUCGCCGGCCGCCUUUCUCCAGACGGGGGCAGCCGGAGCCCCCCGGCGACGGGCAACGCCUCCCCCCUCCAUCCGCCGGGGUCCAGCCACCAGAGCUCGGGACUGGCUGAUGACGUCUUCCUCAGACCACAAGCCCCUCCCCCCCCUGGCUUCUCCUCGCUCCCUCACUCCCCCCUCCCCUCCUCUCCCCUCCAUCAGCCGCCCUCCUCACCUCAAAUGUUCUCUCCGCCCUCCUCUCGUCCCUCCUCACCCUGGGAAGCCAACGUUAAAGUAGCGGGGCCUCCUCGACCCCCCUCCUCGCAGCAGCGCCACGACUCCCUCAACUCCUCCCCGGCCCACGAUGCCUUUGGUUCUCCUGCUCCGUCACCCGACUCAAAAACCUCUGAUGUCUCUCGGACCCUUGGACCCCAACCAGGACUGCAGCAGAGCAGGGCGUGCAUGAUGAGCCCCCCCUCUGGCUCCGCCCCCGACCCUACAGCUCGACACGUUGGUCUCCGAGGAGCUCCGGGGUACCAGGCGACUCCUCAUAGCAGCAGUAGCAUCGGAGCGGCGGUUUCUGAGCUAUACGCUUGUGGUGAUGAACUGGUGCAUGCUGGGUUAUUCAAAGCCCCCAUGCCUCCUCCACACCAGUCUCAACUGGAGGUGUGUGGUACCACAGGAGGAAGGAGGGACGUGGGCUUUGCUCUCUCCCAGUCGCAGGACCCUUCCUUCCCCUCCAGUCCACUGUCUGCACUGGGCUCCCCCCACCGAAGCCCCUAUUCCCAGACGCCUGGCACCCCCAGACCUGACUACAGUCAGCAGAUCACUGACUCCCCUUUGACCUCUCGGCCCUCGCCUGACCCCUAUGCCAAUCCUCAGACUCCUGGUACGCCACACCCUCAUUCUGAGCCCUACCUCACCACACCGCCUGCACUUAGACUGGACCAGUACAACCAGAACUCCACGAGCAGGCGUCCGUCCCCCUCCCACCCAAACAUAGACCCAUACGCUUCCAACCCGGGGACCCCCCACCCCUGCAUCACGGAGCACUUCCCUCGAUCGCCUCAGCGGAGCAGCGACCCCUACACCCGGCCCGACGGUACCUCACAACUUCUAUUGGACCCCUACGUCCAGCAGCCCUUGACGCCCCGACCCCAGAAGGGCCCAGAGCCCUUCAGCCAGGCCCUAAAGGAGAUCUUUACUCCUCAACUGGCAGGAUCCGGUUCCUCCCCUUUGGUUCAAGGGCUGUCUGGAGAGACGGUGACCUUCAGCCCGACACACCUCAAGAUGCAGCGGUCUCCAGGAAGACAACAACAGCAGGACUUAUUUCCCACAAACAGCCAGAACCUGAUGCACCACGGAAUGUCAGAGGACCGCGUCUUUCUGUCGGGUCAGAAUCCUGGUGAGGACCCCUUUGAGCAAAGUCACAUGACACGGACGGACAACUCAUCGACCAAUAAGAUGGCCGCGGCGCCUUUAGACGGAUCGAUGAGCAUGCUGCCUCAGCUCGGUGAUUCGGAGGAGAAGCUGAGACAGCGGCAGCGUCUCCGGCAGCUCAUCCUGAGGCAGCAGCAGCAGAAGAGCGCCUUACGGCAGGAGAAAGGGCUCCAGGAAGCACCUUCUGGACCCGCCCCUGGUUCUGCCCCACCACAACACUGGUCCCAGCCAGACACCUCUCUUGCUCCCCGAAUAGACCCGUUUGGACGUCCCCCACCCCCGUACCCCGCCACACUGAGGCCUCGAGGGGGGCUACCCCUGGACCAGCAGAGGGGGUUGCCUCCCAAAGAGCUGCCAGUCCGAGGACCGGCUCAGAGGUUUGGUGUUCCACCUGUAGCUCCAGCAGGUCUCCGGGACUCCUUCUCACGGCCCCACCAGGUAGCGGCGCCUGGUUCUGGGCUCGGUUUGAUGGAGUUUACUGGAAUCCGCUCCACUCCGCCCCACAUGAUGUCUGGUGUCCCCCAACCUUUCCUCCCCAGCUCCCUCCCCCUCCAGCAGCACAGCAUCAUGGGUCAGCCUUACAUUGAGCUCCGACACCGGACCCCGGAGAACCGCCUGAGGCUGUCCUUCUCUCUGCCAGAGGCCCCCUCACUGCCCUCCCCCAGAAACCCCCAGCCGUUUGGGGUGAGACCCGGUCCAGGGACCAGGAUGGGAGAGGCAAUGGUGAUGGAGCAGCUGAACCAGCAGCACUUGGUUCAUGCGGGGGGGCUUACUCAGAACAGAGAGGCCGUCCUCCAUGAGGAGCAUCUGGAGGACUCUGCUGUGAAGGACCUUGAGGACGUGGAGGUGAAGGAUCUGGUGGACCUCAACCUGAACCUGGACCCUGAAGAUGGUAAGGAGGACUUGGAUCUGGGUCCCAAUGACCUCCACCUCGAUGACUUCCUGCUGUCGGGAAAGUUUGACCUGAUCGCCUACGCUGACCCUGAGCUCAACCUGGAGGACAAGAAGGACAUGUUCAACGAGGAGCUGGACCUCGGGGAGCCGUUGGAGGAGAAGGACGGAGGAGCCUCAAGAAAGACAGACGGCAACGCUCACCUAAUCGGCACAGUCAAAUCGGAGGGUCACGACGGCCCCUCAGCUACCCAGCAAUCUACAUCUCAUCCUGGGGUCGUCCCCUCCAGCAGACCCCCCGGACCUCCGGGAGCUCCAGUAUCCGAGGUAGCAGGCGCUGGUUCUGCUCGCCUCAAGUCCCAAGAAGAGGCUUCGUCAUCGGGUUUGGCUUCCAGGGUUCACCCCCCUCUGGCUGGAGGUCAACAGUCGCUCUUCAUGCAGCAGCCAAGACCAUUCGGAGCCUCCUCCUCAGCACUCAGCCUCCAACCUCAGGGUCACAGCAGUCUGACCCCUCAACCGGCCCAGCCUUGUCUCCUUCUAAGCCCUCAGACCCAGCUCCCACACCAGGGGGCCGUCCUGCCCCAGCAUAUGGACAUGGACCAGGACCAGCACAGGCCCCUUCUCCUCGAGGAGCAGCCGCUCCUCCUGCAGGACCUCCUGGACCAGGAGCGGCAGGAGCAGCAGCAGCAGAAGCAGAUGCAGGCCAUAGUCAGGCAGAGGCCCACCACAGAGCCCGUGUUACCCAAUAUGGACUUUGACUCCAUCUCUGACCCCAUCAUGAAGGCUAAGAUGGUGGCUCUGAAGGGCAUCAACAAGGUCAUGACCCAGGGCAACCUAGCGCUUAACCCUGUGGUCAUCAACAGGUUCCCACAAGAUGCGGGUUCUCCGGUGGCUCCGGGUCCAGAGGGGCCUCCUCAGUCAGUGGUUCAGGAUGGGAAGAGGAGCCCCCAGUUGGUGCGACCGAAGCCCCCCAGCUUUGGCCCAGGCUUUGGCAACGAGUCUCAGCGCCCUCAGUACGAGGAGUGGUUGGAGAAGACCCAGCAGCUACUACAGAUGCAACAGCGCCUCCUGGAGGAGCAGAUCGUAGCUCUACGCAAGACCAAGAAGUCUCUGUCGGCUAAACAGAGAACAGCCAAGAAGGCGGGCCGAGCCCUGAGCGAGGAGGACUCCGCCCAACUCUGCAGCAUCACAGAGCAGCAGGGGGCGGUCCAGAAGCAGCUGGAGCAGAUCCGGAAGCAGCAGAAGGAUCAUGCCGAGCUGAUUGAGGACUACAGGACCAAGCAGCAGCAGAGACACCCACACCUGGGGGGCCCCGCAGUGGCACGGAUCACAGCCGCCCCCCCUGGUUGGACCCCAGAGGGAAGGGCCACCGGGUUGAUGGGUCAGAGAAUGCCGUCCGUCCUGUCUAAAGGGCCCCGGCCCCCCCCAGCAGUGUUCCAAGGGGGCCCCACCGGAGGACCCAAUGGAGCAGCAGGGGAUGCAGCGGCUGCCCCCCCACAGGUGAAGUUUCACGAUAACAACCCGUUCAGUGAGGGUUUCCUGGAGAGGGAGAGGAGGGAGAAGCUGAGGGAGCAGCAGGAGAGGCAGAGAGUUCAGCUCAUGCAGGAGGUGGAGCGUCAUUGCUUCCUGAAGCAAAAACUGGAGCUGGAGCAACAAGGCCUCUUGGGAGCCUCCAUGGCUCCUGGAGCUGGAGUAGCGUCCGUUCCCCCAUCUGGAGGGCCUGCCGGGGCAGCUCCUGCCCCUGGAAGUGACAGUCCUUUCUUCAGUUCUGAGCUGCCCCAGGACUUCCUCCAGUCUCCCUCAGCAGCUAAACCCCCCCCACAGCACCAGAGCUUCACAGGAGGACCCCUGCCUCCUGGCCCUCUGCUGCCCGAGGCCAUAACAGAGGGGGGCAGGGCUGAGCAUCCCGUAGACCUCCACACCAGGCCCAGGCUCUCAGGCCCCCCUGGGCCGUCAGCUCAGGAACAGGUACCAGCUGUGAUGGGAGCAGAAGUUAGAACCCCCUUCCAUCCUGGAGGUCAGGCGUAUCAAUUUGGACAUGAGCGCUCCUCUUCCUCCCCGUCUACCUCCCUCCCCCCAUCCUUUGCCUGCUACUCUUCUGGAGUUCCCGGCUCUCUCAUGCGGCUUUACUCCGACAUCAUCCCCGAUGACAAACCGAAUAAGAAGAGGAACAGAAAGCGGGAAGGAGACGAAGCGGCAGGCGGAGGAGGAGCCAGGACGCCGUUAUCCUCCUACUCUGAUGACACGACGGCUCCGCCCACACCAGCUGUGUCAGACACUUCCUGCUCCACCCCCACUCGGGGCAGCGUGGACCAAUCAGAACUGUGCUUUUCUCUUAACUCCUCCCUAUCUGGUCUGGCUCCAUCAUCAGAGCUGGAGAGGCAACUGUCUGUCAUGUCUGCAGCCCAGCAGAGGGGAUCGGUCCUGGGCGUGGACUGUCACAGAGGUCAUCUGGAGGUCAAGGAGGAGCAUGGGGAAGGAGGAGCAUGUGGUGGAGGCAUCGUGAAGGAGGAGGAGGGUCAAGGUGCUGGAGUCUUCCCCCCUUCUCCUUACGGUGGAGACAGUGGGAAGGAGCUACUGAGACACCUGCUGAAGGACAAGAUUUCUCCAGCCAACUCCCCGUCACCCACUGACCAGGCCCCGCCCACAACCCGCCGCCAGCUGUCCAAUGAGAGCGUCCGGUCUGAGGACGAGGACAGGCCCCGCUCCCAUGGCAAUAUGGUGGACGGUCCAGAUCUCCUGGACUCGUCUGGUAAAAAGAAGCCUCAGCGCUGUAAGAGACUCGCUCGGCCGGAGAAAGACAAAGCUUCCAAGAACAAGAAGAGGAAGAAGGAGGAGGAGGAGGAGGAGGAGACAACGCUCCGAUCCUCCUGCUCUGAGCCGCUCACCACACACCUCACACAGCUGUCGGUGUUGCCCCUGAUGGAGCCGCUUCUGAAGGUGGAUCUGAGUCUGUUUGCCCCGUUUGGAAGUUCCUCUCUGGGCCGAGACUCCAGACUGACGGGCUCCUUUGGUACCGGCUGCCUGGAGGGGGUCACAGACUACUACUCCCAGCUCAUAUACAAGAAUAACCUCAGUAACCCCCCCACCCCUCCGGCCUCGCUGCCCCCCACACCUCCACCCGCCUCCAGGCAGAAGCUGGUGAACGGCUUUGCUUCGACGGAGGAGCUGGAGAGGAAGGAGGUGUCUGAGCAGGAGGUAAAAGAUGGAAAGAAAAGGGAGGGGCUUCUUGCUCUAAACCACGCGGCCAGGACAGUUGAUGUUCCCGCCUCCCUGCCGACCCCCCCCCACAACAACCAGGAAGAGCUCAGGGUCCACGACUCGUCAGGGCGCGACAGCCCAGCAGGCUACGUCCCCUCGUCCUCCCCAGAGAGCGUGGCGGACAUGGAGGUCAGCAGGUACCCCGACCUCUCCUGGGUCAAACUGGAGACACCAUCGCCCUGCCUUUCGCCUACACUACCCAUGAUGCCCUGCGCCUGGGAAAAAGUGAAACAAGAAGUGAAGGUGGAGCCUAACCAUCAGCGCCGCCCCUCAUGCUCUAACACUGACCUGGUAACCAUAGCGAUAACCCUGAACCCUGUUGCAGCUCAGAACGUAGCCGAUGUGAUGACGGCGGUUGCUGAGCUGCUGCGGGUCCCCCCCCCCUCCAACUACCAGCUGAGCAGAGCUGCUGUUCCUGCUGGACGGGGCUCUCUGGCUCUGCUGGCCGGAGUGAGAGUGCCGCUCACACAGAGUUCAACAGGAAACAAUCAGCAGAGACCAGCAGCAGGAACCACAGCUGUCAGAAUGGACUACAUCCAACAUGGCGGCACAUCUACUGCCAAGUCUCAGUGUUGCACCAACUGCAAGGUGCUCCUGGGAAACGGAGUCCAAAUUGUCAAGGAUCUUAAACAGGAGGGUCAGUCCAGCUCCAGCUGGCUUUUCUGUAGUCCAAACUGCUCUGCUCUCUACACAUCGGACCUGCAGCACAGAGGAGCUGGGAACAAGGCUGCUGUCUCUGAGCACCCCCCUCCCAGCAGAGUGCAGCACCUGUACACCAGCAACAUGUCCUCCAUCGCCGUCCACUCCCUCCUCCACACACCCUCCUCACCUGCCCCAACCUCCUCCCCACCCCUCUCUUUCCCCCCCGCCUCUGCCAUCACCAUGGAGACCAGGCCCCGCGUGGACCACCUCAAGGUGACGGUGAAGUUGAAGCCCCGCCCCCGGGCGGUCCCAGUCGGAGACGACGCGCUGGCGUCUCGCCACGGGAAAAAGUCCAAGUGUAACCGCUGGAGACGCUGGAGUUUUAGCAUCACUCUCAGCAGGGGCACUUCCAUCCCUAACGAGGCUGUCGCCAUGCCAACGGAGGAGGAAGUGGACAUUCUAUUGAGUAAACUGGGGGCGUGUCUUCGUCCCGACCCGCUACCCAAAGACCAGCGGCGGUGCUGCUUCUGCAACCAGCAGGGGGACGGCGCCACGGACGGACCGGCCAGGCUGCUCAACCUGGACCUGGACCUGUGGGUCCACCUGAACUGCGCCCUGUGGUCCAGCGAGGUGUACGAGACUCAGGCCGGCGCUCUGAUCAACGUGGAGCUCGCUCUGAGGAGAAGUCUCUCUCUGCGCUGCGCCUUCUGCCAAAGGACGGGCGCCACCACGGGCUGCAACCGCCUCCGCUGCACCAACACCUACCACUUCACCUGCGCCCUGCAGGCCCACUGCACCUUCUUCAAGGACAAAACCAUGCUGUGCCACCUCCAUAAACCUCGGGCCGUUCCUCUCGGAGCCGAGCGCUCCUCCAGCAACUCGCCCUCCUCCACCCCUUGUCCGACCUUUGACCCCGUGGCGGCGUGCGACCCCUACGACUGCGAGCUGCGUUGCUUCGCCGUGUUCCGCCGGGUGUUCGUGCAGCGGGACGAGGCGCGGCAGAUCGCCGCCGUGGUGCAGCGCGGCGAGCGGCAGCACACCUUCCGGGUCGGCAGCCUGCUGUUCCACGCCAUCGGGAGGCUCCUCCCACACCAGAUGAAGGCCUUCCACAACAAGGCGGCCAUCUUUCCUAUCGGUUUCCAUACAAACCGCAUCUACUGGAGCAUGCGUCACAGCAACAGACGCUGCAAGUACGUGUGCUGCAUCGAGGAGGACGAGGGGCGGCCGCUCUUCAAGGUGAAGGUGCUGGAGAAAGGACAUGAUGACAUCAUACUGACCGGAGCAACACCCAAAGCUGUGUGGGACCAGAUACUGGAACCAGUGUCCCAGAUCAGAGCAUCUAGUGGAACCCUGAAGCUAUUCCCAGUUUACCUAAAAGGAGAAGAUCUGUUUGGACUGACGACGUCUGCAGUGACCCGAAUCAUCGAAUCCCUGCCAGGUGUGGAGACCUGUGAGCGUUACACCUUUCGUUAUGGAAGGAACCCGCUCAUGGAGUGGCCUCUGGCCUUCAACCCUUCUGGCUCGGCCCGAUCCGAACCCAAAGCCUCCCAGACCAAGAGACCCAACCUGCUGACCAGCAUUGCCCCCAGGUGUCAGGGCUCGGUGGGCUCCAUCGUGGGCCUCGUGCCCGGCGUCAUCUCUCUGUCUCCCGGGGAGUCGGUGGCGGCCGCCGCUCACCUGGGACGCCACUCCAAGGCGGCUCAGUACCGACGCAUGACGGCGGAAUGGAAGACCAACGUGUACCUGGCCCGCUCCCGCAUCCAGGGUCUCGGUCUCUAUGCAACCAAAGACAUUGAGAAAUGCACCAUGGUCAUCGAGUACAUCGGCACCAUCAUCAGGAGCGAAGUAGCCAAUCGCAAGGAGAGGCUGUACGAGUCACAGAACCGUGGCGUGUACAUGUUUCGGAUCGACAAUGACUUUGUGAUCGACGCCACCAUCACUGGAGGACCGGCCAGGUACAUCAACCACUCGUGUUCUCCUAACUGCAUCACAGAGGUGGUCACUGUGGAGAAGGAGAACAAGAUCAUCAUCAGCUCCUGCAGACGCAUCCAGAGAGGAGAAGAGCUGUCUUAUGACUACAAGUUUGACCUGGAGGACGACCAACACAAGAUUCCUUGUCACUGUGGAGCCGUUAACUGCCGUAAAUGGAUGAACUGAAGACACGUCUGUCCCCGUCUCGCUCUCCAUUUGUCCCUCUCUGGAUUUUGGGUAUCAAUCGUCCAUCAACGUGUGGGCGGAGCUACACUUCUUUUAAAGAGCCAAUGUGGUAAUAAUAAACCGAAUAUUAUGUGAAAUAAUUAUUGGAAGGAGGAGCGCAGCUAAUCAGGGUGGAUGAGUGACAGGUGAGGGGGUGGGGCUUACGACGAGGCUGGUCCUCUGUGUGUAUAUUGUGUAAAAAUUACCACAGAUGAAAAUGUGAAAUAAAAGAAUGUCUUCGUCAUUAAGUUGCACUAGGUAAAGGAUCGAUGCCCACAGACACAUUCUUCCUAUUCCACUCCCUCUUCCUCCUACUGCUUAAUUUCCUGUAAAAUAAGAGAUUUUGUUCUUUUUGUAUUUAUUACUGAAUGAAGCUAUUUUCUAAUUGAGUUCCAGAGUCGCAGCUUGUAAAUAUCUGUAUCAUAAAUGUAAUGUUAGAAAUCACUCCACCGACAGCGACCUUCACACCUUCAUCAUCACCUUGCUGUCGCGGUGCUCUCUGAUUGGAUAAAGACUGUUUUUCAGUUUGAGGUUUUUUCACUUUGAGUCCUGUGUAGAUCAACAGGACUGAGAUGUGUACAGACAUGAUGCCUUCCUGUGGUUUUUUUUUUAAAUAUUCACUUAAACUGACUGCGAUAAUGAUGCUUGUUUUAUUGUUUUUGGGGGGGAAAUGUGGGAUCUGAUUUAGAAUAAUUUACAGAAAAUAAAAUAUUUUACAACUUGA